CCCUUCUUCCAUUCUACUUACAGAGAGAGAAACAGAGAGAGAAACAGAGUGCCUCUGGUUCGUGGGUUUGGAAUUGGAUAUCUUGCUCGUCCUCCUCGAUUAGGGUUUUGUGGGCAAUCAAUUCAGAGCCAGAGCUCCGUCCUUUUCAAUCAAUUAGGGGUUUAAAUUGUCGAGCUUUGAGCGGAUGGGGAUAUUGGUGGCGGAGGCGGCAGCGGCAGAGGCACCGUUUCGUUUCCUGAGAUGGAAUGAGGUGUUUGUGUCGAGCGACAAGGGGCGGAGGGAGGUCCAUUACUAUCUGAAACGGAGCGACGGCAGCUCAGAUCUGGCGGUGGUGGGCAAAGAGAAGAGCUUGCGGCACAUGUCCUAUCACUAUGCGCACCGAAUCCGUUCGUUGUUCUCCAUGUCUUCGCUCGUUAAGCUCAAGUCUCGCAGAGAGGUCAUUGAUUGGCUCGAUUCCGUCGUUGCAGAUACAUCAUUUCUCAAAUCACCCGAUUUGGGUGAAAGCGUGUCAGAUGGUAAAGAUGCUUGCAAGUUGGGGAUUGAAAUCUUUAAGGAUACUGUAUUGCGGAAGUUAGGCAAGCAUACCACUGAAUUUAUGUGGUUAGGCUCUCCUUGGACAUGCAGGAAAAAACGAAGGCAUUAUCAAUCAUUUAGCCGGAAUGGCGUUGUAGUUUCAGUUCAUGAUUUUGUAUUUGUUUUAGCAGAGGAAGAUAAACGUCUUGUUGCAUACUUAGAAGAUAUGUACGAGGAUUCUAGGGGCAACAAGAUGGUUGUGGUGCGGUGGUUUCACAAAGUUGAUGAGGUUGGUAUAGUUUUGCCUCACAAUUUUAAUGACAGGGAGAUUUUCUUUUCUCUUUGUCUUCAAGAUCUCAGUAUUGAAUGCAUAGAUGGAUUAGCUACUGUACUCAGCCCCCAGCAUUUUGAGAAAUUCAAGAGAGAGGCAACACAAACUCUUUUGAAACCCUUCGUAUGCCAGAAGCAAUUUGAAAAUGACGAUGUCCAGCCCUUUGACAUUACUCAAGUUCAAGGUUAUUGGAAACAGGAGAUACUUAGAUACAUGCACACACUUGCUCCUUCGAAGGCUCAUGGAAGUUCUCAACAGCCAGAUGAAGGGUUGGAAGCGGAAGAAAAUGAUGGUGCCAAUGGUAUCAGACCUAAAAAGAGGCAUCAUUCUUCACAAAAUGAUGACAUCCGCUUGGAAUUCCGUGACUGGAAAGAGUUUCCAGAUGCUGUACGUGAUGUGGAGAAUCUAAGUCAACAUGAGACUGAUUGCAGAAGUAAAAGCAAAUCCUUCUGCCUUGGAAGAGGAGGUUCUUCUGUUUUACCUCAUAAAGAGGUGAAUAAAAACCCGCAACAGCAUUUAGUAGUUGGUUCCCAGGUUGAAGUCCUCUCACAGGACAGUGGCAUUAGAGGGUGUUGGUUCAAAGCUUUGAUUAUCAAAAGGUACAGAGAUAAAGUGAAGGUGCAAUAUCAAGAUAUUCAGGAUGCAGCUGAUGCUAAAAAACUUGAGGAAUGGAUUUUGGCUUCUAGGCUUGCAGCUUCUGAUCAAUUGGGUCUUCGUACUUUUGGUAGGCCAAUUGUUCGGCCAUCUCCACCGUCUACCAAAGGCAGAGUUUCAUGGGCUGUUGAUGUUGGGACUGUUGUGGAUGUCUGGUGGAACGAUGGAUGGUGGGAAGGGAUUGUAGUUCAGAAGGAACCUGAUGACAGACUGCAUGUGUAUUUCCCAGGAGAAAAGCGGGUGUUGAUUGUUGGUCAUGGUGAAUUAAGACAUUCUCAAGAGUGGUUGGGAAUAGGAUGGGCUCAGAUUAAGGACAGGCCAGAACUUGUGAGCUCAAUAUCAUGUGAUUUAGAAACAAAGCAAGUUGUCGGAAAGAGUUCAGAUUGCGUGCCAGUGCAAUCUGCAGUGUGUGACAGCGAACCCUUGAAGAAAGAAGAAACCGGAUGUGAUAAUUCUGUUCCGCUCGCUGAAAGUGAUAAAGAUGGAAAGGUUAAAGAACUGGGCAAGGUUCCAGAUCUUUUGAAGGAUGAUCUACUUGCCCAGCUGAAGUGGAAGUCCUCGAGGAAGAGAAGACGUGGUAACGGCAGCUCUGUCCAGAAGCUCCACUGCAUUGUUUCUGAUGGCAAAAACGCCCGUCGCCUUGUGGGGUCCGGUGCUUGCGAAAGUUUUAUGAUUUCAUCAUCUCUGAAAGUAGACCGAGAGAACUGCAAAUAUUUAGGCGAUUCACUUUUCAGUUCUUCUGUUGCGCCUCCGCUAACAAGUUUAGUGAUGUAGGUUUUUUCUUUCGUCAUCCACAAAGUAUAUAUUAUAUCGCGGUGCAUCUUUUUGAUGCCGCUUUUUUUUAGGCCCCUUCCUAGCUCGGUCGGUAGAAUGUCAUCUCUUGAGAAAUGUUUCGUUUGAGAAGCCAUGGCAUCCCAGUCUCUCUCCGUGUACGUAUAUAUACUAUCUGUUCAAAUGCAGCAAAUAGCCUGACGGGGUAGAGAUUUUGGGCGCAGGGUAGAGAUGUAGAGAUGUAGAAAUUUUGGGCGCAGGGUAGAGAUGUAGAAAUAACCUUCUUCUUUUUUGGAGCUUUUUGCGUGCUCGCAUUUUGUAUAACGUAUUUUUGGUUUAAUAAAUUUUUAACCCAUCACU